AUGUCGCGUAAACAGGUAGACUCGCGCAUCCAAGCGCUCAUCCGGAAUAACGUCCAGGAGAAGAAGCGCUCGUUCUUCGUGGUUGUGGGCGACCGCUCCAAGGACGUCAUAGUGCACCUACAUUACAUCCUGUCGACCGUCGACAUCAAGCAGAACAAGUCUGUCCUCUGGGCCUACAAGAACAAGCUCCUCGGCUUCACCUCCCACCGCAAGAAGCGCGAGGCCAGAAUCAAGAAGGAGAUCAAGCGCGGCACCCGCGAGGCCAACUCCGAGGACCCCUUCGAACUGUUCGUCUCGCUGCACAACAUUCGAUAUGUCUACUACAAAGAGACGGACAAGGUGCUGGGAAACACCUACGGCAUGUGCAUCCUGCAGGACUUCGAGGCCGUCACGCCCAACAUCUUGGCAAGGUGUAUCGAGACCGUCGAGGGCGGGGGCUUGGUGGUGCUGCUUCUCAAGGGGAUGAACAGUCUAAAGAGCCUGUAUACUCUGUCCAUGGAUGUCCACUCGAGGUACAGGACGGAGGCCUACGAUGAUGUUGUGGCCAGGUUCAACGAGCGGUUCAUACUCUCGCUCGGUAGCUGCGACUCCUGCCUGGUGAUCGAUGAUGAGCUCAACGUCCUGCCGAUUUCUGGAGGAAAGGACGUCAAGGCCCUCCCGCCGCCGGACCUGGACCAGCCGAAGAGUGCAUCGCAAAAGGAGCUGGAUGAUAUGAAGGAGAGCCUGCAGGAUACGAAGCCGAUCGGGUCGUUGGUUACCCUGGCCAAGACUGUGGAUCAGGCCAAAGCUCUCUUGACGUUCUGCGACGCCGUUCAGGAGAAGACGCUGCGGAGCACAGUCACGCUGACAGCCGCAAGAGGUCGUGGAAAGUCAGCGGCGAUGGGUGUGGCUGUUGCGGCAGCGGUUGCUUUUGGAUACAGCAACAUUUUCGUCACGUCGCCCUCCCCAGAGAAUCUGAAGACCUUCUUCGAGUUUAUCUUCAAGGGCUUCGAUGCCCUUGGGUACAUGGACCAUGUCGACUACUCGAUCAUCCAAGCGACCUCGCCAGAGCUCAACAAGGCCAUCGUCAGGGUCAACAUCCACCGAGACCACAGACAAACCAUUCAGUACAUAAGACCGCAGGAUGCGCACGUCCUCGGGCAGGCAGAGCUGGUGGUCAUCGACGAGGCCGCUGCGAUUCCUCUGCCGCUGGUGCGGAAGCUGAUGGGGCCCUACCUCGUCUUCAUGGCAUCGACGAUCAAUGGAUAUGAAGGAACCGGACGGUCACUGUCUCUGAAGCUCAUCAAGCAGCUCCGCGAACAGUCAAGGCCAGGCGCCAUCACAAAUGGUGAGGGAGAAGUGGCCGACAGGUCGACGGGCAAGGCGGCUAAGGACCAGGGCUCAUCACACCUGGGCAGCCGGACACUACGGGAGAUCACGCUCUCAGAACCAAUCCGCUACGCACAGGGCGACUCCGUGGAGAGGUGGCUGAAUAAGCUGCUCUGCCUGGACGCCACCCUGCCAAAGUCAAAACUCAGCCAAGGCUGCCCUGACCCCGCGCAGUGUGAACUGCUCCACGUCAACCGUGAUACUCUUUUCAGCUUCCACCCCGUUCCCGAAAAGUUCCUCCAGCAGAUGAUUUCACUCUACGUUUCAAGUCAUUACAAGAACAGCCCCGACGACCUGCAGCUCAUGAGUGAUGCCCCCGCUCACGAGCUGUUCGUGUUGGUUCCCCCCGGCGCAACUGAGGGCAGCCGGCUACCCGAGCCGCUGUGUGUGAUACAAAUCUCCCUCGAAGGAAAGAUUAGCCGGCAGAGCGUCAUCAACUCCCUCAGCAGAGGGCAGAGGCCAGCUGGUGAUCUGAUACCGUGGCUGGUCAGCCAACAGUUCCAAGACGAUGAGUUUGCCUCCCUGUCAGGAGCUAGGGUUGUCCGGAUAGCAACCAAUCCCGACUAUGCUUCAAUGGGUUACGGUACACGGGCCCUGCAGCUUCUGAUUGAUUAUUAUGAAGGCAAAUUCGCGAAUCUAUCUGAGGAUGCGGAUGUGGUUGGUGACGAGACCCUCACCCGGGUGACGGACGCAGAGCUAGCCAAUGCCAGCCUGUUGGAGGACAACAUCAAGAUCAGGGACCAGAGCAAGAUGCCACCUCUGUUCUCGGUGCUGUCCCAGCGCAGGCCAGUCAAUCUCGACUAUGUCGGUGUGAGCUAUGGUCUGACAAAGCCGCUGCAUAAAUUCUGGAAGCGCUCGUCGUUUGCACCAGUCUACCUCAGACAGACGGCAAACGAGCUGACGGGAGAGCACACGACCGUCAUGAUCAGGCCUCUAGAGAGGAGCGGCGAUAGAAGCUGGCUCGGCGCAUUCUCACGAGACUUCCACCGCCGAUUCAUGGAACUGCUCUCUUACCAGUUCAGGACAUUCCCUGCUGUCCUGGCCCUCAGCAUUGACGAAAGUGCAAAUGCAGGGGCCUCACUCGACGAGGUCCAACCUGCCGCACUGUCGAAGAGCGAGCUUGACGAGCGCUUCACACCGCAUGAUCUCAAGCGUCUCGAGUCAUACGCAAACAAUAUGCUCGACUACCACGUGAUUCUGGACCUGAUCCCCCGGGUCGCAGAGCUCUACUUCCUGGGCCGCAUCAAAAACGAUGUUAGGCUUUCUGGUGUACAGCAAUCGAUUCUGCUGUCGAUCGGUCUCCAGCGGAAGGACAUGGACGCCAUCGCCGAGGAGCUAACCCUACCGUCUUCGCAGCUACUAGCCAUGUUCAUCAAGAUCCUACGGAAGAUCACGGCGCACUUUGGCACGCUUGUCUCGAAGGCUUAUGACUCGGAGAUACCCAACAACAACAUCGGUGUCAGCAGGGCGAACGCGGCUGGCGUGCACGACGAUGAGGUCGUCGAUGAGACGUAUGUGCCUCUGCAGCAGUCGCUCGAAGAGGAGCUGGAGGAGGGCGGCGACGAGGCGCUGAAGGAGGUGCGGAGGAAGCAAAGGGAGUUGAUCGACUCCCUACCGCUGGACCAAUAUGAGAUCGUCGACAACGACGACGACGUAUGGCAGGAUGCCCAGAAGCAGGUGCUCAGCGCCACGAAGAAGGGUCAGGCGAACCCUGUUGUCAGCGUCAAGAGCAGCAAGCAGAAGCGCAAGGCCGGCCAGACUGCUGAGGAGGUGUAUAACGAGGCGUUUGGAGAGAAGAAGCACAAGAAGCACAAGAAGCCCAAGAAAUAG